UUGCAACAUCUUGUGCAGCAACACUUGCAUCAACAGUUGCAGCAGAAGCCCUAGCUGCAACGCCAGUUGUUGCAGUAAAAACCACCACAACAGUUUGUGAUAACUUGUGGCAGCAGCAGAGGUGUCGGGCAAAAGCUUGUGUGCACUUUUAGCAAUGGAAGGGGCAUCAGCAUCUGCGGGCGAAGAGCGUGCAACGGGAAGAGGAACAGGGGAGUUCCUUGAGGACCCGAAACACGCAUGGAAGUCGGGAGACCACUGCGUGUGGAAUUGGUUGGCACGCGGAAGGUCAACAGGGGCGAAAAGUCAUGGCGGGAAGCAGAUGAAGUGCCUUUUGUGUGGACUUGUGUUCCCAGGCAACCGCGCACGAGGGCUUGAACACUUCACGAAGAAGAGGCCGGCGUUGCGGUGCCCGAAUGCCACCAUAGCUAUCUACAGGAGGYUGCGUGCUGCGAAUGUGGARUUGCCACUUGACGUCGAGGAGAUGUUGCAGCGGGAGGAUGAGGCUGCAGCACAGACCGUUCCAAAUCUCCCUCUUCCUGCCAUUUGUGCCGCUGAUGACGUGGGUGGCGGACCAGGUGUGGAACAGCGGGAAGAGGCACCGGCAAUGACAGGUGCAACUAUGACAGAGGUCACAUGCAGAUCAGCACCAGCGAGGAGACAAAGGCAGAUGCCUAUAGAUCGAUAUGUCCGCAACCCGCGCCAGCGGGAAAUUGACUUAGCUGCCAUGGACCUCUUCGCACAAAAUGCCAUACCAUUCAAUGUGGCGAAGAGCAGCAGUUGGAAAAUGUUUUCAGUGGCGUUGAAGAAUUGUGUGCUUGCAGCUCCGUUGACAGAGGGACAAUGUGUUGAAGUGUUGAAGGUCGUGUCGAACAAGACGGAUCAGCUCCUCGACCCUGUGCUCGCAAUUGCGAGAUUGCUUGACCCCAAUUUGCGUGACAGAGGAGUAUUCAGCGAUCUCACAUUCAUGACCCAAUUUCGGGGUGUUGUGGAGCAUCUCGUAGGCGCUCGGGGGACACUGCAGUACCAGGAGUGCAUUAACUCCUUGUACGCGUUCCAAAGGGAGCAAGGAAUCUUUGGAGAUCCAGAGGUGCAGCGUCGUGGAAGGUUGGACAGUGCAUUGGAUUGGUGGGAGGAUCACGGGAGAGGACACCCAACUUUGCAGCGGUUGGCACUGCGAAUACUCAGCAUGUGGACAGCCUCCUCCCCUGCAGAGAGGAAUUGGAGCACAUGGGCUCUUGUGUAUACCAAGGAUCGCAACAAGCUGGAGCACGAGAGAGUGGAGAAAUUGGUGUACCUCCACUGGAACCUUCGAUACGAAGGAAGGACGAAUAAUAGUGGUUGGUUGGGCUUGAUUAAUGCUAAGACGAACGCAGACGAUGAGGAGGAUGAAACUGCAAUGGCGAAUAAAUGCACUGGUAGAACUACGUCAGCAAUUGGAUCAACAUCUAAGUGCACGAUUGGAGGAGCAGCGACAAGAUUUCCCGCAACAGCAACGGCAACAACAACAAGCAGAAGUGGCAGCACCAACAACAGCACCAGCACCAACAACAACAAGAGCAGCAGCGUCAGCAACAGCGACGAUAGUAGCACUAACAGCAGCAGCAACAAUGGCAAGAAGCGCAACUGCACCGGCAGUAGCAACAGCAGCGACAACAGCAACAGCAACAGCAGUAGCCGCAAUAAGCGCAACUGCACCAGCAGCAACAACAACAGCGAUAGUAGCAACAACAGCAUCAGAAGGAGCGCCACCAGCAAGAACAAUAGCAGCAGAAACAAUGGCAACAAGCGCAACAACAUCAGCAGCUGCAACAACAUCGGGAGCAGCACCAGCGGCAUCAAUAGCAGCAACAUCAUCAAUAGCAGCAGCAGCAGCAGUAGCAAUAUCCACAACAGCAGCAGCACCACCAUCAACAACAGAAGCAGCAACAACAACAACAGAAAGCACAGCAGCGGAAGUAGCAAGAACAACAACAAGAGUAGAAGUAGCAACAACACCAACAGAGAUGCAGCACCAGAAACAACAUCAAAGGCAACGCGAGCGGCAGCAACAGCAACAGUAGCGAGAUCAACAGCCGCACCUAUUGGAGGAGCAGCAACAAUUGCAGCAGGGGGUGCAUGAGCAGGAGCAGCAACCGCACGAGCCGCAAACCCUGCCACUUCAGGUGGGUGGCAUCUCUGGGUUUUAUGGUUCAAGCCCCCCAAGC